AUGCCUCUCAUUGCGCCGAAGGAGGCGGCUCCUGUGAAAAUGUCGGCCAAGAUGUCACCGGAGCUUGAGCUGUUCGUUGUCUGCGGCUGGGGCAAGUGUCCGAAGCGGUUGGAGCGGGCAAUGAAGAGGAAGCCCAACGUGAACUACAAGAACGAGGAUGGCCUAACGCCCCUCUUCAAUGCCACCAUGUGUGGCUCUGCAGACUUCGUUGAAAAGCUGAUAAAGGCCGGCGCAGAACCCAACGUUGUUGCGACGGAGUACCUUUUGACGCCGCUGGAGUGGGUCACUGCCAAGGUCAACUAUGAUGAAGAGCGAGACCGGCGCCUAAACGACUUUGAUCAGGUGAACCGGCUGGAUGACACCUGCCUUGCCAUUCGACCGGACAUCGAGCCCUUCCGGAAAGUGAAACAGGUGCUGGAGAAGAAUGGGGGAGUGGAGGCCAAGGCCUUCUCCAACAACCCGAAGAUCAAACCAGAUGGCUCCAUCGACGGGGGAAAGCCGGCGGAACUUAGAUCGUACAAGCUGUCGGCGGACGGGUCAUACACAGCAUCGCACUACCUCCGCUCCGGCAAGUUCGACCUGCUGAAGUACGAGGAUGGCCGGCUUGUGGAGUGUGAGUAUGAUCCGAAGACAGGCCAUUGGGAAGGCUAUGACGCGGCUGCGGCGGCAACGGCAUGA